UCCGUGAUAUGACACAAGACCACAUUCAUCCAUGGAUGAACAACGCAUGGUAUCGAUAUAUACAUGACAGCACACCCAGAAAAGACUGCUAUGUUUGCUCCUACAUGCCCCCAACGACACAAUACGCCACCCUGUAUGCGAAGGGAAUGGACAUAAUUCAAGCGAAGUGUGCCGCGAGCUACGCCAGCCUUGGGUAUCAAUUCCAAGGAAUCGUGGUCAACCAUGAGGAACCUCUCCAGAUAGGACUGCGAAAUGGCACAUGUGACGAAUGGUUCUGGGUUGACCUAAAAGUGAAGCACAGAAGUAAGGCUAAUUCAUUCCCAGUCUUUCUUGAAAACAAUGGGAAUCUGAGCCACAGCCUUUGCUACCGCCAAGAGAACGGAUCCACACCAAUGGGAAACACCACCAACUGCAAAGCAGUACAGACACACGCUCCUGGAGGGCCCGUGAAAAGCAACGACAUCUCAAAUGGCACCUUCUGGGUGCAAGGGAUGGCCUGGAUCUGUGGCCUACAGGCCUAUUUUAUCCUUCCUGGGAAUUGGACAGGUCAGUGCGCUCCCAUUUUCAUAUCUGACCACACUUUCAAGAUAACCAUGGACGCCACGUCUUCAACAUCAACAGCAAGGAAAAGACGACGCACCCCGAACCUCAAGCAGCAUGAUUCUGUGUGGGGUUCCGAUGUCCCAGAGGAAUUCAAAGAUGAUAAUGAGAUAAACGCUUGGAUAUAACAUACUCACAAGACCC